AGGGAGCGCGGAAGGAAGGAAGGAAGGAGGAAGAGGAGAAGGAGGAAGGAGGAGGAGGGAAGGAAGGGAGGCAGGCGCCCGGGCGCCCAGCUCCGCGCACGGCGGGGCUCAGCAGCAGCCGCCGCCGCUGCUUCCCCCCCUUCCCGGUCUCGGUUUGACGCCCCCGAGGCGCUGCCCCAGCCAUGAAGGCGGCGGUGGAUCUGACCAUCAUCAAGACGGAGAAGGUGGACAUCGAGCUCUUCCCGUCCCCCGACAUGGAAUGUGCAGAUGUGCCUUUGUUAACUCCCAGCAGCAAAGAAAUGAUGUCUCAGGCAUUGAAAGCCACCUUCAGCGGCUUUGCAAAAGAGCAGCAGCGCCUAGGAAUCCCCAAAGAUCCCCAGCAGUGGACGGAGACACACGUGCGGGACUGGGUGAUGUGGGCAGUGAAUGAGUUCAGCCUGAAGGGAGUGGAUUUCCAGAAGUUCUGCAUGAAUGGAGCUGCCCUCUGUGCCCUGGGCAAGGAGUGCUUCCUGGAGCUAGCACCUGACUUUGUGGGAGAUAUCCUUUGGGAACAUCUGGAGAUCCUGCAGAAAGAAGAGGUAAAACCCUACCCAGCCAACGGAGUCAACACGACGUACCCAGAGUCCCGCUACACCUCAGACUACUUUAUUAGUUACGGCAUCGAGCACGCACAGUGUGUGCCUCCCUCCGAGUUCUCCGAGCCCAGCUUCAUCACUGAGUCCUACCAGACCCUCCAUCCCAUCAGCUCAGAAGAGCUUCUGUCCCUCAAGUACGAGAAUGACUAUCCCUCAGUCAUCCUGCGUGACCCAGUGCAGACAGACUCCCUGCAGACAGACUACUUCACCAUCAAGCAAGAAGUUGUAACGCCAGACAACAUGUGCAUGGGGCGCGCCAGCAGAGGUAAACUGGGCGGCCAGGACUCCUUUGAGAGCAUAGAGAGCUACGACAGCUGCGACCGCCUGACGCAGUCCUGGAGCAGCCAGUCCUCCUUCCAGAGCCUGCAGCGUGUCCCCUCCUAUGACAGCUUCGACUCAGAGGACUACCCUGCUGCCCUGCCCAACCACAAGCCCAAGGGCACCUUCAAGGACUAUGUUCGGGAUCGGGCUGACAUGAACAAGGACAAGCCUGUCAUUCCUGCUGCCGCCCUGGCUGGCUACACAGGCAGUGGACCCAUCCAGCUGUGGCAAUUCCUGCUGGAGCUGCUCACUGACAAGUCCUGUCAGUCCUUCAUCAGCUGGACGGGUGAUGGCUGGGAAUUCAAACUUUCUGACCCAGAUGAGGUGGCCAGGCGAUGGGGCAAGAGGAAAAACAAGCCCAAGAUGAACUACGAGAAGCUGAGCCGCGGGCUGCGCUACUACUAUGACAAGAACAUCAUCCACAAGACGGCCGGCAAGCGCUACGUCUACCGCUUCGUCUGCGACCUGCAGAGCCUGCUGGGCUACACCCCCGAGGAGCUCCACGCCAUGCUGGACGUCAAGCCAGACGCCGACGAGUGAAGGUGGCCAGGCUGAUGGAGGAGCCGCUGGCUGGGACUUGUUCUGUUUGGUUCUUUUCUUCGGUUGCUGUUUUUAUUCUCGCUGUAAUAUUUUCUUGGGUGUUGUUUCGGUUGAGUUUGUUUGCCAAGAGCGACUCCGAGUCGAUGCUUUGAGGACGGAGGGAGAGAUUGAAAGAGAGAGAGAGAGUGGUGGAAAAGGCAAACUUCGGGCCAGAAGCUGAGAAGUUGGGUUUGGAGAAAGAUGAGCUUUAUCAUUUUUA